AAAACCGCUCUCUUUCUUCCGGGUCAUCAUUUUCUCACCACACAAACAGCUCCAAAAACAAUAGUAAAAACAGAUAAUUUUCUUCUGUUAUUUUCUCUUUCCACUUUUUACUUGUCCUCCUUCUAUGGCUAUUGAUAAUGUUUCUAUUGUGUUCUUUGUCUGCCCUUUGUAUGGCUAAUCAUUACCUUCUUGGGUCUCUUCAUUUUCUGGGUAUCACUCAUUCUCUCCCAUUUCUUUACAUUGCAUAUGAUCUGUUUGUUUGAAGGUCUGUGAGGCUUUUUCUCUGUUCUAUUGCUAUUCUUGCCCAUUUCUUGUUUUUUGAGGUCUUCAAACAAUGGGUUUGGAUGAAGACAAUGUCACCUCUGAAACAAAACCAACCCAACCAAUGCAGAGUCAUAGCAGACAGCCAAGUGAGACUUCUUGUUAUGCCACAGAGGAUGAAGAAAAGGGUAACAAGGAGGAUGAAGAAGAAGAAGCUCGUCUACAAUUGGGUCCCAUUUGCAGUAUCAAAGAGCAUCUUGAAAAGGACAAGGAUGAUGAGAGUUUGAGGUGGUGGAAAGAACAGCUUCUUGGCAGUGUCGAUGUCAAUGUGGUUGAAGAAACUCUAGAACCUGAUGUCAAGAUUUUGAGCCUUACUAUCCUUUGCCCUGGUCGACCUGCUCUUGUUCUUGAGAUUCCUGCCAAUGGGGACCCCAAAGGAGUGUGGUUUACACUGAAAGAAGACACCUGUUACCAUCUGAGAUUCUCCAUUCGGGUCAGCAACAAUAUUGUUUCUGGCCUGAGGUACAUUAACACUGUUUGGAAAACUGGUCUCAAGGUUGACAGCUCGAAGCAGAUGCUUGGAACCUUCGGUCCUCAGGCUGCGCCUUACAUACAUGAGAUGCCAGAAGAGACUACCCCCUCUGGAAUGUUCGGAGGAGGAUCAUAUUCAGCAAAAACAAAGAAAUGUGAUGGAUUCUUUCCAUACCUUGGGUGGAGGCUAGUGUGAGGAAGAGAAGGAAAAUGGGGUGGUCUUUGGGGUCCUUGGUUUUGAUGUGGAUCAUUUGGCAGGAGCAAAAAUGUCUUUGAUUCUUGAAGGUCUGGAAGGGCCCAUCUUUAAAUUAAAUAGCAGAUUUUUGCCUUUAUUGUAUAGUUGAUUUUUGGAUGUUGUAGAGCCGUCAUGACCCCAUUUUUGGAUUUUGAACAGUCUUUUGAGUGAUUUUGAUGUGUAUUAAGGAUUUUUGCUUUUCCUUAUAUUGUAUAGGGUUGCCUUCCCCUUGAUGCUUUUUGCAUACGGAUGGCACACAGGUCCUUUCUUAUUAAAUCUCUACUCAUAAAAAAGAAAAAGAAAAAGCAAAGACCUUCGUUUA